AUGGUAAAGCAUGGUAAUGAUGAAGUCAGUAAGAGAUCAUUAAAUGAUGAAGUGUUCCCAGUGCUUGAAGAGAAUGCAAACUCUGUCCAGUAUAUGACCAGUCAUACAAUCCUAGCAACUAAAAACAAAUAUUUUGACUACCUAAAUCAGAAGAUGAUAGAAAUGUUCCCUGGACAGAGCAAGAUUUACAACAGUUUCAAAGAAGCAGUAGAUGACACCAACAACUAUUACCAAGAGGAAUUUGUAAACAUUUUGCUGUCAAACAGAUUGCCUUCGCACAAGUUAAAAUCGAAAGUCAACUACCCGACAAUACUGAAAAAUUUGAAUGUCUCGGACAGUUUGUAUAAUAGAACUAGAAUGGUGUGCAGAAAUUUUGGAGCCAACGUAAUCCAUGCGAUAACACUUUAG